AUGGACGAAUCGCUUCAGUCUCUCCACUCUCGCAGAGUAGCCUCUGAUAAGUAUCUGAGCAUUAUUGCUGCAGAAAUGGGAUUUGAUGAGGAUUGUUUUGUCCCAGAGCCUUCCAGGCACGCAGUCAGAACCCCUCACGCGACUACCAGUCGACGCCGGUUCGAUGCUGUAUCCAGACACGUUGGUCUAACUCCGCUUGACAUGGACAGAGUCGUUCACGACGCAAGUUCGGCCACUCCUCAUGAGUACACGAGCGUUGAGGUCGUCUGGGCCUCAGUAGGACUAGGAGAUGUGUACCCAUAUGAUGAUGCAUUUGACCUUACUACUGGUGAUAGUAGAGGCUUGUCCAUGCUAGAGGAUCUUGCUGACGACAUGGAAGAGAAAUGGAGACAGGCCAAAGCUAAGCCCCCGUCUCCUCAUACCUUGCUUUCUGAGAUGGGCGGUAGUGCUCUGGAGUUUGACUCAGAUAUCUCCCUGCUCAUGCUGCCCUCGCCACUGUUACCUCUUCCAAACCAUGGCGGAGGCGUCUGGGCCCCAGGACCACCGCGUGUGUCGCCAUAUGAUGAUGCGUUUGACCCUACUACUGCUAGUAAAGGUGUGCCCAUGCCAGAGAGAUGGAGACAGGCUAAGGCCAAUCCUAAGCCUCUUCAUGCCUUGCUUGCUGAGAUGGGUGGUAGUUCUCUUGCACUUGACUCAGAUAUCCCCCCGCUCAAGCUGCCUUCACCGUUGGUACCUCUACUGCGAGGCGGGGAAGACGCACAAGACUCCGAGUCUGACCUCCCCGAGUCUGCAUUCACGGUCUCAGAUUACUUGACAGGUAAGUCUAAACCGGUUGACAAGGAUCUUCUCUAG